CGGGAAAAGCCCGGUUGAAAUACUUGGGGGGAUACGUUCGGUCGCGCAAGUGCGCCCGGGCGUCGUGUUGAAAGUACUACACGCCAUUCAUGAAGACAGAUUCUUCCCUUCAUAAACGGGGAGGUAGCAGUGGUGGUGAUACAGUGGGAGUAGAGAGAGGUGAAGGAGUGAUUGCCAUGACUACGACAGGAGCCCAGUAUGCCCUCGCAGCAUCCACCAGGGCUAAUAGCAGUGGGGGUAGCUCUACUACUGUGGGGGUGGAACCUAAGCCAAGCGUUGUUGUCGUGACUACUUCUAGCUCCAGUGCCAGUGGUAAUGCAGCACAAAGUCAGUCCACAAGGGGUCAGCAACUUAUCACUGUUGUUACUAGUUCUGAUCCAUCUAGCCCAAACAAUCUACAACCCAUACAGUUAUUGGUUCAGGAUCCACUUGAAACAGCUGCAGAAUCUUCCAACGGCUCAACAGGUACUCCAGCGCAUGUUACAGCACAAGUAGUAGUGAAUACAACCCAUUCUGGUCAGCACACUCUUGUUGACUCCGAUACUGCGUCCACCUCGGCUGGUACCAUCGUCAGUGGAUCUCCGCAUUUUAUUACGGUAACAGUAUCUGGUGAACCAGAGGCAGUGGGGUCCGAGUCGGUUUCUCAUCCUACUUAUGUUCAAUAUGUUGAGGGGGAUGGUUCCACAUAUAUACCGACAAAUGGCCAGAUGACAUAUCCUGUAUAUGCUGUUGGAGAAGCAGGAGCUAUGUAUACUCCUGCCUCCAGCCAAUAUUAUACACCAGCAACUACUCCAGUAACAUAUGCUCAGGUUACUGGUCAAGGUUCAAAUUCUACUACUGGACAAUUAUUAUCUCAGGGCAGUGGCACAUAUCUUAUUCAACAAAGUGUCGUAGAUGGAGAUCCCACAGCACAUGCAUUAAUAUCUGCAGCUGCUGCACGUGCUAGUCCUCAGACAGAAAAUGCGGAAACUGUGGUUAGCGGGGGUGGAGGGGCAUACUUGAUCAGCGGUAAUUCAGGAGGUACUGCUGUCACCGUGGAAGAUGCUGCAGCUGCAGCUGCAAACAUGACGCAUGCUACUAGAGUUUCUCAAGCGACAGUUCAUUGGUUACUCGAAAAUUACGAAACAGCAGAUGGUGUCUCUCUUCCAAGAUCCACUCUUUACAAUCAUUAUCUACGUCACUGUUCUGAAAAUAAGUUAGAUCCUGUAAAUGCCGCGAGUUUUGGAAAAUUAAUACGUUCAGUUUUUUUGGGUUUAAGAACCAGGCGAUUAGGCACAAGAGGAAAUUCGAAGUAUCAUUAUUAUGGAAUCCGCGUUAAACCAAGUUCUCCUUUGGUUAUGCUAAAUGAGGAUGGAACACCUCGUCAGCAACAAAGUACAAAUUCACAAACAAAACGAUUCAAAUUCGUAAAUCAAAAACAGGAUACCACAUAUGAGAAUAAUGCACAUUCGAAUACAAAUAUUUCUUCAAAUAAUUCAUCACCACAGUAUCAUCAGUACCUUGGUGAGGCAAGUGGCGCCAUUCCAGAAUUUCCAGAAAUAAUAGUUGGACAUGGUUCAUCCCUUCCAGAAGAUUGCACGUUAGAAGACAUUGAUACGUUCCGUAGUAUAUACAGAGAACAUUGUGAAGCCUUUUUAGAUGCUGUUCUCAAUUUUGAGUUUGCUACCGUAGAAAGCCUUUGGAGAGAAUUUUGGCGUAGUCAAGACAAUAAUAAUGGCGAUGAAUGUGAAGAGGAAAAAUAUUUAUCAAAAACUAAGCUAUAUCAAAUGUGUAAAUGUUCAGAAGUUCAAGACUUCAUAAGGAAGGUUGACUACACAUUUUAUCAAAAUUUAGUAGAAGUAUUAAUGCCUAAUGUGUUGCGACCUAUACCAAGUUCGUUAACACAGUCUAUACGAAAUUUUGCAAAAGGAUUAGAAUCGUGGUUAACAUCAGCAAUGGCUGAUUGCCCUGAGGAAAUGACACAAAUAAAGUUAACUGCUGUAUCUGCAUUUGCCCAGACACUAAGGCGUUACACAUCGUUAAAUCACCUUGCUCAAGCUGCACGUGCAGUGCUUCAGAAUUCUAGUCAAAUAAAUCAAAUGCUAGCUGAUCUGAAUCGCGUAGAUUUUCAUAAUGUGCAAGAACAGGCCUCAUGGGUAUGCCAAUGCGAUUACGCUAUGGUACAACGUUUAGAAGCAGAUUUUAAAGUGACAUUACAACAACAAAAUUCAUUAGAAGAUUGGGCAAUUUGGUUAAAGAGUGUUGUAACACAAGUUCUUAAACCAUUCGAAGAGAAACCAACGUUUGCAAAAGCUGCUCGACAAUUUUUGCUCAAAUGGUCUUUCUACAGUUCCAUGGUUAUUCGUGACCUUACUUUAAGAAGCGCAGCUAGUUUCGGAUCUUUUCAUCUAAUUCGAUUAUUGUACGACGAGUAUAUGUUUUAUUUGAUCGAGCAUCAAGUCGCAGUUGCAACAGGAACAACUCCGAUAGCAGUAAUGGGAGAUAAAAGUCAAAAUUGCUCUUUAGUUAGUGCGUUUGGCGCUACUUCUAAUGGAGAUACAUUAAACACAAGUCAACCAAAGCGUAUGAAAUUGAGCUAACUGCGUGCCUACGCCUUUUAGUUUUGGAAAUAUGCCAGUAGCACCUGAGAAUGAAACGUUAGCACAAGAGCAUGCAGGCCUACUAACACACUAGUCCCAUAAAUUAUAAUUUUAUAUAAGAUGAGAUCUUAUUGUAUUAUGACUUUAACAAAGAAGAUUUUUGCAUAAAAAACGCCCAGGAUGUAUACAAUCUAACAUAUUAUACAAAAAUCAAGUCGAGUAAGCUUAAAAUAGCAAACAUCAGUUUGUGCAAAAGAAAAAAGAGUCAGGUAGGCAACAUUUUUAACAGGAAAAAAAAUUAUUUUCCUGCCAUUCAUAUCGACGAAUUCUAUUUUGCACAAAUAAUUGAGUAACGUUUUACUAGAUCCGCCCUGC